AUGGUCGAUAUAUUCAAGUCGGCUAUUGACGCAGCAUUCGGUGCUGGAUCGAGUGCUCGUAUUACGAAUAAUAUUGGACUAGGUAGCGGUUCAUCGGGAGCAGGGAGUGGAGGUGUUAGAAGCGAUUUCACUGGUCAAAUUGUUGAUGUCGGAAACAUUCGAUUGCGCGUUGGAAAUCAAAUUGCCGAGGGUGGCUAUGCGUUGGUAUUCAUUGCCUACGACGUUAAAACAAACAAAGAAUACGCAUUAAAAAGAUUGUUCGCUGCAGAUGAUAGCGCAAGAAAAGCUAUUGCUCAGGAAAUAUCAUUCCUACAAAAACUAAAUGGUCAUCCGCAUAUCGUUCCAUACAUAGCCGCAGCAUCAAAUCAAGAUCCAACGUUACGUCGUACGGAGUAUUUACUUGUAACAGAAUAUUGCUCCGGUGGACGGCUAUAUGAACGAGUUGUUCAUCGUUCGAAAUCAUUAGAAGUGGAACAAGUCAUUCAAAUUUUUUACCAAAUCUGCCGCGCUGUGAAACACAUGCACGAACAAGAACCGCCCAUCAUUCAUCGAGAUCUAAAAGUCGAAAAUUGUCUUUUAACAUCCGCAGGUUUCAUUCAAUUGUGUGACUUCGGCUCGGCAACCACGAAAGUCUACCUACCGGAUGAAACUUGGACAGUUAAAAAACGCGAUUUCGUCGAAGAUGAAAUGACUAAAGUUACGACACCAAUGUACAGAGCACCGGAAAUGUUAGACACGUACAGUAAUUAUCCUAUCAAUGAACAAGUAGACAUUUGGGCACUUGGUUGUCUUCUGUAUUAUUUAUGUUUUAUCAAUCAUCCGUUCGAAGAUUCAGCAAAAUUACGAAUUCUUAAUGCAAAAUAUACAAUACCUGCUAAUAAUACAAAAUAUACUGUCCUUCAUGAUCUUAUACGCACUUUGUUACAAAUUGAUCCUCGUCAACGGCCAACAAUUCAUACGCUUGUUGAAAAUAUCGAAGAUAUAGCCAUUGGAAAUGAUGUCGGUCUCAACGAACCACUAAUGUUUCUUUUCAAUACAAAUGAAAUAAUAUCGCCAACUAAUACAAUGACUUCCUCUGGUGCCGCCGUUAACCCGUCACCGAUAAAUGCUCCAAGACCACCGACAACUGCUAGUAGCUCGUCAUUUGGUGCUGGCGUGAGCAGUUACCUUCCAUCAUCGAUCAAAGGUUUAAAUACAUCGGGAAAGACAUGGAUGAAGAAUAUUUUAGACACAUCCACGAAAGUAAUCAAUGAAGGUGUUCAACAAGUUAAACAAACUUUAGCCACAAAUGUUCCAACAAGCUCGACAAUUGGAGGUUCUAGUCCACAUCAUCAUUUCGAAGUUGAUAUGAGUUAUAUCUCAUCGAAAUUAAUCGUCAUGGCUACACCACGUGAUAAUCCAACAGAAUUAGCUGGUCGUCAAUCCGCGGAAUUAAUUCGUGAUUCACUUGAUACAAAACAUUCCCAAUCGUACAUGCUGUUCUCGCUCGAUUAUCCGCAUCGCAAUCAUCCAAGCUAUCGAAAAGAAAUUUUUCACAAUCGAGUGAUCGAUUUACCGCUAGGCGAUGAAAAGCAUGCGCCACGUCUGAUCGACCUUUUAUGUUUCUGCCAAAAGCUCAGUUCGUUUUUGUUGGAAUCAUCAUCAAACGUCGCUGUUCUUCAUUGUUAUGAUGGAAGAAAUCAAGUUGCUUUUGCCGCAUGUGCAUUAAUUGCCUACCAUGGACUGUUUCAACAAGUGGAUCACAUUGUUCGGUAUUAUGAAGCCCGCCGUUGUGCACAUCCUAUGUUGACAAUGUCUCAAAAAAGAUACAUUCAAUAUAUCUGCGAUUUAGCAUGUGGCACAAUCGAAAGACCGCAUUUUAAUGAGCUGGUUCUGAAAUCAAUCAAUCUCUCACCAGUUCCACUAUUCAAUCGAGAAAGAAAUGGUUGUCGACCAUAUGUAGAUAUUUUAAACCCAGAGGGUAAAAAGAUAUUUUCAACGUAUCAAGAUUCAAAUAAACUUCGUUUGUUUACUGCAAUGGACGGUGUUUGUCUCGUGCCACUCAAUGUUCCGUUCAAUGGUGAUCUGACAAUUCACGUUUCACAUGCUCCUGUCGGCUUAUCAUUACACGCCCAUGACGGUGGCAUUCGCAUAUGUGAAUUAACGAUAAAUUCAAACUUUUGUUCCUUAAAUCAUUCCGAAUUAUCUUAUUCGCGAUAUGAAUUGGAUGGUAUUGAACAUACGGAAAAGUAUCCGCCAUCUUUCCGUGUUACACUUGACACAACAGUAUCGAAACGAACGGCAUCAAACGAUCAAGAUGUUAUUUCGAAACAAUUGGACAGUACAUCGAAAAAACCACAAUGUCUGUUCAAAGACGAUAUCGAAUUUCGCCAUACGAUUGAAGAAUACGAAAAACGAUUUAAAAUCUCGAGUGAUCAAAUUACAUUCUAUUACAAAAUCUCAUUUGAUUUUGUUUCUUCUUCUUCUUCUUCUGUAGGUGAUGGUUAUCAAUACCGUGGUAACUUUCCAACGGAAUCGCCUUCAUUGAACCGUUCGACUAAGCUCAAUGCUGCUCAACCAACUGCAAAUGUUAGUAAUCCAUCUUCUCCUCAAGUUAAUCGUCGCGCAUCUCCGUCACCGCAAACGACCUUCUCGAAUCCAUUUCAAGAGCAACAAGGAGAAACUAAAGCUUCGUUUCAAGAAGAAGCACAACCUAAUGACGAAGUCGCAGUUGGCACUCUACUUGACAUCACUGGCGAUGAUUCGCACGCUUUUCAAAGCCAACCAACCAUGCUGACGAAUACCCAAAACGAUCUGUUUGAUUUACAUAUUGACACUCCAUCAACAUUUUCAGCUCCGAUUCAACCAGUCAAAACCAACGAUUUGCUUGGCGUUGAUUUCAAUUCAAUGCCAUUAGAUAAACCGAUACUACAUCGAAAUGCGUCGGAAACUGUCCUACCUCCACCUAUGCAAGCAACAACUAUACUCAAAGCAGAAACCAAGUCAACAUCGAAUCAAAAUAUCAAUCGUUUAGAUCCAUUCAAAGAUUUAUUUACAUCAUCGUCAACAACACAAAAAACGUCAAGUAAUGAAAGUCUGGCUGCUAAACAAGCUGCGGCUGCAGCAAAAACGCCCAGCACACCGCCUACAUCAACAACAUCGAUUCCUAAUUACAAUAUCAAUCUAGCAAGUAAGCCGACUCCUCCGCCCACACAACAACAAUCUAAUCCGGUUCAACCACCUCCGUCUCAAGCUCGUUCUCAAGCGACUAAGAUCGAUUUCGAUACAUUAGUUCGAGAACAAGCAGGAAUGUCGGAUUUCGGUUCAAAAGCACGGCAAGGUACUGCAGCUAUCGGCGAUAUACGUAAAGCCGAACUAGCUAAAGAUCUUGAUCCAACCGUGCUCAGAGUUCGAGAAUGGACUGAAGGCAAAAAGAGAAAUAUUCGAGCAUUAUUAUGUUCACUAUCAACAGUCACAUGGCCAGAAUGCGCUUGGGGUGGAUGUCAUAUGCAUGAUUUAUUAACUCCCGACCAAGUUAAGAAAGUUUACCGAAAAGCUGUUCUUUACAUUCAUCCGGACAAACUCCGUGGUGAUCCGAAUGAGCCGUUAGCAAAAUUAAUUUUCGUCGAACUCAAUGAAGCCUGGUCUCAAUUUGAACAGGAAGCAAAUCAAUGA